ACCGACCGGACUAAGAGUUUAUUACACGCGAGUUGGUCAUCAUGGUCACAUUCGACUUGUUUAUCUGCUGUCUAUUAUUCACGGCUGUUUGUGCGGCUCCUGCAGAAGGAGAAUGUGAUAAAACCAAAUGCAACGGACCCCUACAAUUCUACGAAGAAUUAUCCUGCAAGCCAGUUUACAAAAACGAGGAUGACUGCUGUCCCUACAAAUACAACUGUGAAAACUUGAAUGAGAGAUCGACCGAUAAGUGUUACUACAAGGGACAUACGUAUGAAAUUGGGGAUCAUUUGCGAGAGGAGGACGCGGCCCCCUGUGACAUUGCUUGCUCCUGCCAGAAAGGCCUAGGAGUUGCUGGGUUCACCUGCGCCGUUGUCGACUGUUUCUCUCCCCCCCCGCGCUUUGGCUGCUAUCACGUUAGGAGCUCCUUAAAUUGCUGCCCCGGGCCUGAAGUUUGCCCCGAAACCGCUGAAGAUUGGCCAACCUGCGAAGUGGACGGAAAGGUCUAUAAUGCAAGUGAGUACUUCGUACCUGCGGCAGAACCUGAUAAGGACUGCUAUUGUAUGGAUGGAUACAACGGUGAAAACGUCGAACCUUUCUGCACGACUCGAGGCUCCGCGUCGUGUGGAGUAGAACUUCGUCAUGCCUACGAGAUUCACCACAACUGCCCGCCGGUCUUUUACAGCUCCCAAUCGCCGCAGAAAGACUGUGCAGUGAGCUUCAGAUGUCAAAAUGAUAAAGACGAAGUCAUCAACUCUCAGGGAACUUCCGACGCUGUGGACGCAAAGUCCGCAGCGAGCGAGGAGAAAGACAUGUGCAAAUUUGGAAAUAUCAGUAUGAGGCUGGGUGAGGAGCUCAAUCAGGAAACAGACUAUAGCUCGGUUUGUGUCAAGUGUGUCUGCGAGGUACCACCGAUACCCACCUGUCAACGGCUGCCUGAUGAUGUCUGCGAUAUUACCGAUCACCCGAAAUUUAGCUAGAACCUCUGAAUAAGAGAAGUUGAGUUUUGUGUUUUUGAGAAAUAAAUGAUUUUUUGUAUUCUCGA